CCGCUCCUUUUUUAUUUAAAAUAUAUUUGCUUCGGUUGCGCCACGGGAGAGGAGCAGGUUUCUGCUCUCUUUUCGUAGCAGGGAGCAAAAUUCGAUGUUUUGGUUCGUAUUAUGAGAAUUCGCUCAACAUUUUUGUUUUCUUUUUAAGCAGUUUCGAUUUUUACGAAGGUUUGUGUUCGGCACUUUUGAGGCUACGAUGACGACUCCGGCGACCAGGCGCCUGAUGAGGGAUUUUAAACGUUUAAGCCCUAGUAGGUAUGGCCAUAGAUGUGAUGGAGGUGACUCGAUCAGCCUGUGUCUGGCGACCCCCUUAGGCUGCAGGAGGACCCCCCUACCGGUGUUAGCGGAGCACCGUCGGAGAACAACAUCAUGCUGUGGAAUGCGGUCAUUUUCGGGCCUGAAGGUACUCCCUUUGAAGACGGCACCUUCAAGCUCACAGUGGAGUUCACAGAAGAAUACCCAAAUAAACCACCUACAGUGCGCUUUGUCUCCAAGAUGUUUCACCCAAAUGUGUAUGCUGAUGGGAGCAUAUGCCUAGACAUUCUUCAGAACCGCUGGAGCCCGACCUACGACGUGUCCUCCAUCCUCACCUCCAUCCAGUCCCUGCUGGAUGAGCCAAACCCCAACAGUCCGGCAAACAGCCAAGCGGCCCAGCUGUACCAGGAGAAUAAGAGGGAGUACCACAAGCGUGUGUCUGCCAUUGUGGAGCAGAGCUGGGGAGACAGUUGACAUUGAUAUACCUGCCCGGUGCUAUCUGCCCAUUUCAUAGAGGACUGGUGAUUCCUUUCUUCCUCCAUGCACUUUAAAAGCCACCCCAUCAUCUUUCUGCACUGUAGACCUCUGUGGGUGGCCUGUCUUUGCUUCUCUGUAGCAUUAAUUUGUUCUUUGUGAAUCAACGUCCCUUUGCUUAACGAUUAAUUGCAUUUCUUUUGUACUGAACGCUGGUGUACAUGAACGGAUGCAAAUCACCUAUUGCUCUUUUCAUUACGAGUGUGUUGGAGGGUUUGAUUAUUGGGCUGGUCUCCUGUGUCUAUCAUACCCUAUGUGUAUGUGGAGGACCCAGACUGGCUGAGGCCAGGUUCGAAGGGAUCAUCAACCCCAAUAUGUCUCAACUCUGUGCACCUGCAAAGGUUCACCUUAGCAUUUUGUUAGCAUUGUAAAUAAAGGGGCAAAAUGAGUUAAAGUGACUGUGAAUAUGAAGUGUUUUUAAGGGCAGCAUUGCUUGUUUUAACCAAAAGCUUCAACUUCUGCAAAAACCAAAUGUGAAAUUCCUUUGUAAUACCGGCAUUUUAUCCGAAGGCUGCAUGACAUCUAAAACAGUCGUAUGAUCUUACUUUCUGUAAUAUACAAAUACUGUACUGGUGAGAUUACAGAAGUACUGUCAACAUGUGA